CCCUGCGAAGGGGCGCUUUUUUUUGGGAAACGGAGUAACAUAUGGACCUUACAUAUUUUUUAAAUAUUGAACGGCGUUUGUCCGUAAGAGAACAGUUGGAUGAAGUGCGGGGGCUACGUCAGGGAUCCUUCAAAACUUCAGAAUGACCGGGGGGACACUGCCAUUCCUGCAGGUGAAUCUCUUGUGUGUUUCUCCUGCUGCCUGAGUGGAGAUGGUUUACAGGGCUUUGCUUUGGGUGAUGUGUAUCCACACUUUUGUGGCCUCUGGUCCGCCAAGAUGUCCCUCCACGUCCCCCCAGGACGUGGACUUCUCCAUCAGGUAUGUCCUGCCCCAUUUCCAGGCAGAGGGCUCCAUACAGAACAUCGUGAUUAAUUCCCAGUUCCAUGAGAUUUACGUUGCCUCUCGGAAUGUGAUCGAGGCCGUAAAUGUGACCCUGGGAAAAUUAUGGGAGUUUCGAACUGGUCCCGUGGGAAGCCCACAGUGCAGAGUUUGUUCCCUGUGCCACAUGGAGAGAGAUCCGAGUCAGCCGGAGGACACGGACAAUCAGGUCUUGCUGUUGGACAUGUUUUACAUGAUUUUAUAUACAUGUGGGAGCUCUCAGUAUGGUGUCUGUUAUUUACAUGAACUUAUCAAGAACAAGCGCCCUGCUAUUUCCAAGUGUAUGUUUAGGAAAGAGUCCAACUCCCCCCACCACUGUCCAGACUGUGUUGCCAGUCCCCUUGGCACAAAGGUUGCCAUGGUGGAGGAGGGACAGACGGUGUAUUUCUUUGUGGCUGCGACCGUCGACCGCAAUAUGACACAGAGUUAUGGCAAGCAGUCCAUAUCCGUACGCCGGCCGCUAGCGACAGAGGAUGGCUUCUACAGUGACAUGCAGGGGCUGACGGUUCUGCCAGAUCUUCGCUCCACAUAUCCCAUUCGAUACGUCUACAGCUUCUUCACACAGGAGUUUGUGUACUUCCUAUCCGUGCAGCGUGAGAGUCCCUUCCAGGAGGGCUCACCGCUGCAGACCCGGCUGGCGCGGCUGCCUCGUACCGAGUGGGAGAUGAAGCGUUACCGCGAGCUCGUGCUGGAAUGCCGCUUCGAGCCCAAGCGGCGGCGCAAACGAGGCAGCGAUGAGGUCUUCCGGGACGUAGUGUACAACGUAUUGCUGGCGGCCCACUUCGGAAAGGCUGGAAAAGAGCUGGCUGAUGAGCUCGGCACCGAGGAGGAGGACGACAUCUUGUAUGGGGUGUUUGCCGUGACUAGUGAAUCCGGGGAGUCUGAGCAUGACUCCGCCCUCUGCGCCUUCCCUAUGGAUAACGUCAACAUCGCCAUCGACAAGGGAGUGGAUGCAUGCUGCACGUCCGGCCCCGAGCAGCUGUCCAGGGGCCUCUGCUACUUCCAGUCCUGUGAGAACUGCCCACAUGAGAGUAUGGAGAACAGCGCCUCCUGCAGGGACCAGCCCACCAUGGUGUCCAAGCCCUACUACAGGGUGGACCUCUUCAACAGACAGAUGCGGGGUGUCCUGCUCACCUCCCUGCUGGUGACCACUAUAGAGAACCAAACAGUGGCUCACAUCGGGACCUCGGACGGGCGACUCCUGCAGGUCAUCUUGAGACGAUCCAGUCCUGUCAUCUUCGCUAAUUACUCCCUAGUGGAAAACCAAAGUGUUUCCCCGAUUGCUGCUGUCUAUUCUUCUGAAUAUCUGCUCUUUGUAGUUGGAAACAAGAUGAUCCAAGUACCCCAGAGAGGACCAGGCUGUCGCCAUUUCUUGACCUGCAGCAUGUGCUUGAAAGCACCAGCCUUUAUGGGGUGUGGCUGGUGUUCGGGACAGUGCUCCUGGGAGGCUGAGUGCACCACCACCUGGAGGAAGGAGUCCUGUCCUCCUGUCAUCAGCGAGUUCUUCCCAAAGUCGGCACCCCCUGAUGGCAAUACAGAACUCACCCUGUGUGGCUGGGAGUUCCAGUCUCCUCUGCGACCCCCCAUUAAUCGUAGGACUCACAUGGUUAAAGUGGGACAGAAUAACUGUUCUGUCCAGCCAGAGAAAAGCAACAGCAGACGAUUGGUGUGUAGGAUUCAGUCUGGAGUUACUGACCUGUUCCAGCCUGUUGCCAUCACGGUUCAAGUAUACGAAGGGAAGGUGGAAGGACUUUAUUCCAUCAACGGAGAAGCAGUGAUGGAAGGAUUCAGCUUUGUGGUGCCUGAGAUCACAAACAUUCUGCCAGACUAUGGUCCUCGCGAUGGGGGUACCCACGUCACGGUGACUGGGAAUCACCUGUAUGCUGGAAGGACCAGAAGAGUCAGUCUCGGUGAUGAAGACUGCCCAUUAAUAAAGUCUCAAGGAGAAGCCAGGGGAUCCGUGUCGACAAUAGUCUGCCUCUCCAAGAGGGUGACACGGGUACAGGACACGAUCCUGAGGGUGUAUAUUGAUGAAUCGCCAGUACGCACAACCCGAGUUUUCCACUACAAAGAGUCACCAGAGAUCACAGAGGUACUUCCAUUCUGCAGCUUUGACAGAGGUUCUCAAAUCACUAUCAAGGGUCAGAAUCUCGAUUCUGUCUACAAGACUGUUAUUCAGUUUAGACCCAGAGAGACCCACUUGAAGCCUGUCUUUAAGGAAUGCAUUAGCAGGGCAAACAAGACACAGAUGGUCUGCCGGGCUCCUCCUUUCCACCGAGAUGAGUCAGAAGAGGGAGUGAUCUCCUUCGACAUGGAUGGCGCCUUGGGGCUUUGGAACAAGGAGUUCUCGUACCACCCUUAUGCAGAGCCCAUCCCGUUUGAGAAUGAAGGCAACAUCCUGCGACUGGCCUCUGGCGAGGAUGAGGUCUCACUGCAUCACAAGCGGUUGAACCUGGUAAGCUCCUGCAUGAAGAUCACCAUGACUGUGGGAGGAGUCGAUUGCAACGCCCAGGUGUUGGAUAAUGAAAUCACCUGCAGGAUCCCUAAAAACCUGACGUUCCCCAGUGAAGGGUUACCAGUACGGAUUUCUGUGAAUGGACAGAUGCUAGACAUGGGUUGUGUGGUCAGGGUCAAUAACCACUCCAUGGUGGGUGUCGUGCUGGGCAUCCUCUGCGCGCUCGUCAUUGGAGCUGUGUUGGCAUUUCUCAUCAUGAAGCACCUGAGGAGGAAGAAGAAAAAAGUCUCCACGCUGGAGAACCACCUGUCCCAUUACUCAAGCGGCCAGAACCAAAUGGGCAACAAUGUCGAAAUGUCUCCUGUAGGUGACUACAGGCAAGAGUGGUCCAUCCCUGGCAGUCUGAGCUCAGGGUCAGCACUGGCGUUCCCUGGUUUGCCCUACGCUGCCAAUAUCGAGAGCCCACUGGCACCUCUCCUGCCCCCGGAGAAGAUCUCCCUCUCCAGCUUCAGACCGAAGUUGCUGGAGGAGGUGAAGGACGUCCUCAUCCCUGCCGAGAUGCUCAACGUCCAUCUUCAUCGGAUCAUCGGAAAAGGUCACUUUGGAACAGUAUACCAUGGCUAUCUGACUGACCAAAGCAACAGAGAGAUCCACUGUGCAGUGAAGUCGUUAAAUAGGAUCACUGACGUGGAGGAGGUAGAGCAGUUCCUGCGAGAAGGUAUCCUGAUGAAGGAGUUCCACCACAGCAACGUGCUGUCGCUCCUGGGCAUCCUGCUCCCCCCGGACGGCUUACCCCUGGUGGUGCUGCCUUACAUGAAGCACGGCGACCUGCGUCACUUCAUCCGCUGCGAAAACAGGAAUCCCACAGUGAAAGAUCUAAUUGGCUUUGGGGUCCAGGUUGCCAAGGGGAUGGAGUACUUGGCUCAGAAGAAAUUUGUGCACAGGGACCUGGCAGCCCGCAAUUGCAUGUUGGAUGAGUCAUACACUGUGAAGGUAGCUGACUUCGGCAUGGCACGGGAUGUCUUUGAUAAGGAGUAUUACAGUAUCCAGGACCACCGGAAAGCAAAGCUGCCUGUCAAGUGGAUGGCCAUCGAAAGCCUGCAAACACAGAAGUUCACCACCAAGUCAGACGUGUGGUCCUUCGGAGUAUUAAUGUGGGAGAUGCUGACGAGAGGAGCAAGUCCAUACCCAGAGAUAGACCCCUAUGACAUCACACAUUACCUGCUGAAGGGGAGGAGACUACCCCAGCCACAAUACUGCCCCGAUCCCUUGUUUACCAUCAUGCUGCAGUGCUGGGACCCUGACCCAGACCCCAGACCCACCUUCGCCUCCCUUGUCUCAGAGAUACUGGACAUCCUCUCUAACCUGGAGGGUGAGCACUACAUCAGCCUUAACGUGACCUAUGUUAAUCUGGACCAACCACGCCCCUACCCAGCACUUACGGAGUGCGCUGACGAGUCUGACUCUUUUGACCCGGAGCACUCAGAUGCAAACUGCCUUUAAAGGCAUGGGAUAGGAAGUGGGGGAGGGGGGGGGGACAGAUGGCAGUUUUCAGCGGAUAUGAGAUGCUGUUGCCCAGUGCGGUGGGACAGUCAUGAAGACGACUGAAAGCUCCGCAUCACGCAUUGUCUCCGGAGAGAAUUCUCUUUCUUUAACGAGAGGACAAUCUGCAGUCUUUAUAACCAGCCUUCAAGACGGAGGAAAUGCACUCAGCCUGCAUAUGCCUGAGGCCCUGUGACAGUUUUGUCAAGGCGGCUGUCUGCAAGCCUCUCAGCUACAUUGUUUGGAGAAGCUCCAUUAAAACGCACACGGCCUGGUUGUUUUCCUCUUUGUGAGAAAAACAAACCGGAAGGCAAGCAACACAUUUGUUAGCACAGUCAGAAUAAUGUCUUAUCUGAAUAUCUAUAUAUACACAGUAGACAGAGGCAGUACUAUAAUCAUAUAAUAAUGAUAAAUGUACAGUAGACAGCCAUAGAGCUGUAAGUACAAUCAGAUGAAUACCUCACUUUAAAAUAUAUAUAUACUUGCGUAUUCAGAUUGUAUAUUUUGGAUCAUAAAUUUGAGAAUAAUUGAGUUUUAUAUUUUAAAAAUACAAAGUUAUAUUUGUCUACUGUGUCACUUAUUUUAAUAAUAGAUAUGACUGGAUUUAUUACUUGUUUUUAUGGCCUAUUAAAAUGCUGCUAUUAUCUGAUUUACGCUAGCUAGCUAUAAGCAGUAGACACAGGCAAACCUCACUGCAGUCAUAUGGAUGGAUAAAAAGAUGGUGAUGUCAGCGAUCAGCUGGAAGACUGGGAGAAACACUUCAGCUCACUUCUGAUCUCAUCGGCUCAGUCGUCUCAUACGCUCAUGCUCAAGCAGGUCACAUUCCUCGCCAGUGUGCCAAUAAAGGGCAUGUGACUCUCAUUUCCGCCAGCAGGUGUCAGAAUAACAUGAAAUUACGCCUUCGCCAAUAGCGUAUUAAAUCAUGAAAAAUGGACCCAGUCCCUACAGUAAAAGUACAGCUGCUUCAUCAGACACUAAAAUACCAAGCUAAUCCCCACUGCAAUGUAUUUCCACUUCAUUAGAAAGAGAAAGUGGGGCUGAUUUGGAUGGAGAGGAUGCUUCUUCUUGGAGCCAUUAUGAAGCAGGUUUAAGUUGCAUUAAUGACGUUAGACUGGUUUUAAUCUUUCAAAUUCCACUAAUUAAGACCUGGCUCCAAUCUCUGGAUCUGUCACCUGUUCCUGAAAGUAAAAGGCCUCAUAGGACUUGGCGUGGUGCACGUUGCUGAACAGUCAUUUAAAAGGCCAACCCAGCAUCUGUCACCGGCAAUGUUUUGUUUAAGGGCAACCAGAAGGGGGCACUCUUCACAGUGCUAGUUUACUUUUUUCACAUUUUCCUUGCUUCAGCUCUUCACCGAUCAGAAAUUACAGUCUGAAAAAAAAAAAAAACAAAGCAAACUACGUAUAUUCUGCAAAUACUAUUUACAUGCAUGUUCCAAAAUCAAACCUAAAUUGAUGCCCCUAAAUUUGGAGAUAAUCUCUUUACAAUUCAGGCACUAGGGAAAUCAUGUCAAUCACUGGGAUUCAAAGAUAUUUGUUUAAAUGGUUUUCAUUUAAAGAGAAAUUUCAUUCAAAAUUAUCUCUAGGUUUUAUUAAUCAACUAACAGUGUCCCCUGUGAUUCUGCUGAGCGGACAUGUAACCCAUCCAUCAACUGUGAGUCGCUUUGGCUAUAAGCAUCACAUAAGUGAAUGUAAUGUAAUGUCAGUGUUGAGCAGUUGGAAGUUGGGUGGACAAUCAUCAUUAUAUCAGAGAAAAAUUAGACACAUGCAUUAAAUGGUUUUUUUAUUUAAAUUCCAGCGCUCACGUUUCUUAUGGAUUUCUGCCACAGAGUGUGUGGUAAUUAUUCUCCAGCUAUACCUUUGGUUUGUUUCUUCAUCGACAGACAACCUGACUACUGCAGAUGCAUCUACAUACAUGCAAAAACAUAUAAAGCUGCUGAGCCGUCCUGUAUUUUAAUGAAAUGUCAAUCGUUUGUCUUAAACCGUUGCUUUUCCUGCCGAAGGACGCAGUACCAGCCUCCCAAACAGGUCAGGAAAUACUUCUUUCUCGUUGGCCAUUGACUUUAGCUCAUUAUGAGGUGUGUGUAUACAUUCUCAGGCCAGCUGGGAGAUAUAAUCCCCCCCCAGCUUGCCUGUGGUGUACCCUGGGGCUUCUGCCCUGUAGGACGAGACUGGAACAGCACCCACGGGAUUUGACCUGGUGACAUCCUUAUUAGAUGCUUGGACCACUUCAGCAGAUUCCUCUCAAUCUGAAGCAGCUCUCUUUCAAAUUUCCACCCCGAAGCCCCAGAUCUCCAAGCUCCUCACUCUGCUAGAGAGAGAGAGUCCAGCAUCCUGCAUGUAUUUUGCAUUUAAUGCAAUUCUGCAUCAUUUAGUCAAUGUCAAUGUAGUAAGUGGCUAAUGAGUUGUUUUAUAAUACUGUGUAAUUCCUUUACUAUAUAAAUGAGAAUAACAGACAACAACCUGCAAAAAGGGUAUUAAUACUUUUGUACUCUGUAUAAUUUUUUGAAUUUCAUAAUUGGGAUCAAUAAAAUAUAUCUAUGAAAUGUAAUCCACCAGAAACAAAUGAUUUGCCAACAUUGUCAAGGGAUGAAGAUGCACACUGCCAAAGUUCCUUACAAAUUGUGUGAUGUUAAGAAGUAUCAAUUGAAAUUGAUUCAUUUGUGUUGUUUUCCACUAAAUGUUCUGCUUUGAUUCCAUUUGCCUUUCUGUACUGAAUGUUUGCCAUACAGGGUACUGGUGUAUUCCAGGUUGCAGGCCUUGGGGUCAAGAUGGUCACGCACAUUUAUGGAUCUACUGAUUUUCAAGGUUAUAAAUAACUUGUCAAUAUAUAUAUUUUAAUGGGUUUUAUAACAAGCAUCUAUAUGACCAUAAAUCUGACAUAAAAUGUAAAGAUAAGAAAUACGAUGCAAUGUAGAGAGACUCAAAGCGAUAUAUUGUAUACAGGGAAGAAGAUAAGAGGGCAUUCAUUAUGUGUGCGUGAUUGUAUUCCCAAUGAAGUUUCUGGGUGGAACAUUAUAGCUUCCCCUAAGAUGCUAAUCCAUUAGCUAGAGAGCAUAAAAACACCCCUUAAACUCUUAUUUUCCCCAUGAGCUGUUUACAGCCUUUCACCUUCACCUCUGUUUCCCAGCUGCUGCUUUCUUAAUGAGGGACCAACAACGGCUUUCCCACAUCCACAUGCAUCUAACAACCUAGUGUGAGUCUUAGCCAGAGAAUGUACCACAUCGCUGUACGUUUCAGCUCUGAAUUUCAAAUUUAGGUCUGAACUUUCCUAAGUUGUGCUCAAAACUGACACAGCUCUCUUAAAAAAUGUACACCACUUUAGAUAAAGGCAUCUGUUAAGUAAUUAAAAUGUGAAUGUCAAUCUGUAGCCACCGCAGAAAUUAUACCGUUGGUCAGGUGUAGUAGUACUUCAUGUUCCUCGAAAAUAAGCAAGACAAACACGUUUCUGAGCUUAUUAGUUUCUGAGUCAGGAAUAAGUCUAAGAAUUGUGUGCUGUCUGUGACAGAAAUGAGAUUUUGUUUCCGUCUGCUACGUAUGCUGGAAAUGCACUUGGAAUCUAUGUAUGAUAUGCGCUGGAUACGGUAUUUGGGUAUUUCAAACUCAGUUGCAAUUUAUGCCUUGAGAUGUUUCGUCAGUGGGGUAAUGAACAUACAAAAUAGGUCAUAUAAAUAAUUCCCUUAUUGUGUAGUUCAGUCUGUUUCAUACAUGCCACUGCGUGUCUGUUGUGUGGCUUUGCGUAAAUGUUGGGUCUCUGAAGUUCUUAAGAGGUUUUAUGAGACAUUUGUAUGAGGCCUCUGUGAAUUCUGUAGUGUUUUUUUUUUGCUUCAGCAAUCUUUUAUUCUCUUUAUUAAGUUUCUGUAAGAGGGAUCUUUAAUGUUCUCUGAAUAUUACAUGAACUCAUUAAUGUAUGGGAUGCUAAUUACCAGAAACAAUCUCAAUGAAUAUUUAGGGAUUAGCAUUAAAAUAUUGAAUAAAGUCUGUUUAAUUUCU